AUGGGCUCUAAUCAACCUCUUUUCCAAUUGAGAAAGGAAUUGGAAUCUCCUUCACCGAACGUCUAUGUGGAUAACGAUGAUACUGUUAACUACGCUGCAAUGGUGGAUUCCACGAUGGAUACCACUAUGGACUCGUUCAAGAGUUUCACACAAAACGACCAAGUUAAGAUAUUCACAGAAAAUGAAAAGUACACUGUGGAAAGGCUUGCCACAGCUUUACCAAAUAACGUUACAACUUCUCAACUAUUGAGCGGUAGUGUUGAUACGACGUCAAAGAAAGCUCUCAUUAAUGAUUUAAAUAACCUAUAUGUGUGGGAUUACUCGACAGAGCAAACAAGCACGAAUUUUGGUGCCCAAUAUAGAGUUCCGUUGCAUUCAGACCAUGGUGAACUUGAUGCAUUACCGUUAUGUUUGGUAACAUGGCCCUCUACAAUGGAGGAUAUAACUGAUUCAUCUAGUUUUUCUAAUUGUGGGAUUGUCAUUAUUGAAAAAAAUUCAGGUCUAAUUACCUAUUUUGAAGAUAUUGACUCGAUUAAUAAUCUUUCUUCUCAAAUUUCUAGAAACUUGGCUCAUACUUUGGAUCUUAAAUUAGACGAUAGUGAUGGAUACGUUACACAUGCAUCAAACUGUGAGCCAUCUGGUAUUGUAGUAGCCACUUCUCAUGGCAGAGUAUUGUUCGUAACAAUUAGAGAUUCUAUCGGCAGUCCUUCUGUUCAAUUGAAACAACAAUUAAUAAAGGCAUCCAAAAAGUUCCUGUUUGGUUUUCGUUUAGGUUCUUCAAAACUUUCUUCCCACAAUGUUGUAUCUUUGAAAAACGGUCCAAUUGUUGGAAAAGGCGAAAGGUUACUUUAUAUUACUACCCUUAGUGGAGAAUUCCAAGCUUGGCAAUUAUCGGUUUCUUCGAACUCAUUUAAAAGAAUUAGUACAAAUGUAUCUGGACAAAUAGUAGAUUCUUUGAAAGAUCUAUACCCGUUCGCCUAUGGUUCGUUGAAAAUACUUGAUGCACAUCCUCUAUUUCACUCUAAUCCAAACGUCCAUCUGUUCUUAUCUUCAAUCAAUAAUAAUGACGAAACCUAUUAUAUCCUAUCCACCAUAAUAUUCGAUGAAAGGACAAACAAUUUCACCAUAUUUUCAACUUACAGAUUAAACACCACGGUAACACCCUUACUCAAGGAUGAUCCUUUACCGAAACUGUUCAUUCCAAAUGCACUUCAUGAAACUUCUUCGCCUGUUACAUCUGUAUUUGUAUUAUUCAAGCAUUUUGUCAUAUUGACUCAAGUGAGCUCCAAAUUGGAUUCAAACUACACGUUAAGAAGAAAAUGGGAAGAUAUAAUAAGUUUUCGAGAGGACGUUGACAUCAUCGGUAGUGGUUAUGAUACCGAUUCUUUAUAUUUGAUGAAUAAAGGACUUGGUGGAAUAAUGAAAAUCACCAUCAAGCCGACAAACAAUGAUAUAAAUGAACUUCAACAAACACCCGGUUUUAUCAAAUCUCAUGUUGACCAAGCUAUUUACUUUGCCACAUCAUCUUCAAAUAAUCCAGUCGAGUUCAACUUAUCAGAAGAUAUUUUCCUAGAGAAUGGUGCAAUUGAAAGCGAUUUAAUUCUAUCGGCAGAUGAAAUAUUCAACUCAACUGGUAGAUAUAUCCCACCAACAACUAACAACCUUCAACAGCACUUGAACUUGAGAAUAGGUUUUUUCAAGAACCUUUUGAAAUUUACUGAACUCAAUUUCAAUUAUAAAGUAUCACCAAAGGUAAAAUUAGCAUUAGUUGAAAAAUUUGAAAUCAUGAAUUGCUGUUUAAGAUUGUUACAAUUCGUUUCCAGAUCGGAUGAAUUUUCUAGUAAGCUAAACAAUAUUUGGGCUUUAGUGCUUAAAAAACGUGGCCGGACUGUAGAUGAGAUCGUACUUAACAGACUAAGCGAAUUUCCUAACCUGUUUUCCGCUUUUUUGACUGAUAUUAAUGUGGCUUCGGAAUCUGUUAACUUCAAAUCAAGUUUAAUAGAUUUGCUUGCGUCUUGUAUUUAUGAGUGCGUAUUAGAGGAUGGUGAGCAAACAUUGAGGCAUUCUAGUUUAAGACUAGAUCCAUUGGAGAUUGAUGAAACCAAAUUACCGUGGUUCAUCUCCCCAGAAAACUUAACCGUAUUAAAUAAAAUAUUUUUUGACUAUAAGUUCUCCUUAGAUAAGGAAAAGAUUUCAAUAACUACAAAUGAAAAGGAACAAUUUUUAACAUUACUAAAAAUAUUAUAUUAUUUUUUUAACCAAACCAAGAUAUGGGUAUCUCAAUCCGGUUUCCUGCCUAAUAGCAAGGAAAAUGACCAAUUUUCUAAAGCUAUUGAAUCAAUGGAUAAAUUAUACGAAGAGAAUCACAUUGACUGGAACAGAGUUUUAUGUGAGUUGAACUAUGAAGAACAAUCCUUACAGAUCACAGAAUUCUAUAAUGAUCUAAAAGCACUCAUCGAAACGCUUGAAUUGAUUCCAAACAAUGAAAAGCUAUAUUUGCAGUUUUUUGACAAAUUCCAAUAUCCGUUUUCCUCUACAUUAUUUGAAUACUACAUUAAGAAUAAUAAAUUGCAUGAUUUGUUUUAUAGGUUCCCAAGUCAGCAUGAUCAACUAAUUGAUUUUUUCAAUAACAAUUAUCCCAAAUAUAGCCAAUUUUCAUGGAUUCAAGAUAUUCUGGAUGAUGACUAUAAAAAAGCAUCUAAUACACUAGCAAAUAUUGAUUUCUUAGGUGAGUCGAUUACAAAGAAUCAACUGUCUUUGAAUAUUGCCAAAUUAAGUGGUUUGGUAGAAGAAACUAAUGUUGAUAAUGACGAGCUAGCCAAUAUCCAACGUAAGCUUGAUAUAUUAGAUGGAGAAUUUGAUCUCUAUCAAAAGGUAAAACAUGCGGACAUCAGUUUGAAUGAUAGAUACAAAAACACACAAUUUGAAAUUAUCUACAACAAGCAAGUCGAAGAGUUGAAACAAGAAAAGACCAUACCAUUUGUUGAAGUCAUUGAUUUGUACAGUUUGUUAUCUGACAGUGAAAGUUUUGUAUAUGCUCUCAAGUUAUUAGCGUUCAAUAGUGACAACUUGGAAUAUGAACUCAAACAAAUACUUAUUUCUAUGGUCUGGAGAAGAUGUGUUUUAUGUGAUAUGGAUCGAUUACAAGAAGAUAUCAGGAAUAGUAUACUUUAUCAAGUGAUAGAGAAGUUUUUUGAACAAAAAUUAUAUUUCGCCAACUUCCCACUGCCAAGUGUAAGCUUGAUUACGGAUACCUCGACACUAUCGAGAGAGUAUCUAAAGCACGUUUAUUCCAAUGUUUUGAAUGAGCAGGAAAUCAAUAACGUAACAGAGCUGAUAAGUGCAAGUAUAGAGAGAUUGACCGCUGACAGCUCGGAGUUGCAGAAAAGAUUACACUCGGCUCUUUCACUAGCUAAUGAAGUGACGGGCAGUCAUUGUGUGAUCAACUAUGAAAUCAACACAAUGGAAUUUAAGUAA